AUGAACGCUCUAGACGUCAUGUGUAAGCGACUGAUGGAACAUAUGUACCUACAGGGUACACUGAUAGACGCGAUCCGUUGGAGCAACGCCACAGAAACCAUGAAUGCCGAUGCGAUCAUUGUAACGUUCCAACAAAAUAAUGCCACUGCGUCCUUGUUCCAGCAAGACCGGCGCGGCCCAACGUUCCUGUACGAGCCACCGCGGCGCGUGUCCUUCUCGAACGCGACCGGGGCCACGAUUCCGUGCUCGGCCGUCGGGACGCCGGACCCGCGGGUGACAUGGACGUCGGCGGACGGUGCCCCCGUGGACGACGUGCGGGGCCUGCGCUACGCACGCCCCAACGGGUCCCUGGUGUUCCCGCCCUUCCGUGCGGAGGAUUACCGUCAGGACGUGCACGCCACAGUGUACCGGUGCGCCGCCGCAAACGCCGUGGGCAGCAUCGUCAGCAGGGACGUCGCCGUCAGAGCCGUUGUUCGCCAGAACUACGCGGCCGAGGCGUACGACGAGUUCGUCAUCAGCGGCAACACAGCAGUGAUGAGGUGCCAAGUGCCCGCCUUCGUCUCCGAUUACGUUACGGUGACGUCGUGGAUCGAGGAGCCGACGGGAAACGUCAUCAAGCAGGCCUCUCCCUCGGGUAAGACGGGCACUAGGCAGCACACGCGCGCGCGUAGCGUGUACACCAGCACGUUGUCCUGA